AUGGGUUUCACAACGCUGUUUGCCGCUGCGCUCCUCCGAAGCGCCUCGAAAGAAGCCGCGUACGCAAUUGCCGAUGAGAACAACAAAAAGGAACCGUCUCCUCCAUCAGUGGUUGCGUGCCUUUUCGCAAUGUUCCGAUGGGAGUUUCUUACCGCAACCGCACUUAAAGUGACGAGCGAUGUCCUACAGUUUGCGAAUCCGUUUCUUUUGCAUCAGUUGAUUGGGUUUGUAUCAGAUCCUGUUUCACCGUUAUGGAUAGGUCUUUCUUAUUCUAUUCUGAUGUUUGUGGCUUCAGAGUUGCGUUCAUUUGUCCUUAAUGCGUAUUUUUACAUCAUGAUGCGUAUGGGAGUAAAGCUCCAGACGGCCCUUACAGCUGCUCUUUACAAAAAGACUUUGAAACUGUCUAAUUCUGCUCGUCGUGUUAAAACGGUUGGUGAAAUAGUUAAUCUUAUGGCAAUCGACGUGGAAAGGUUUCAAAUGAUCACACCACAAAUUCAGCAAUUCUGGAGCUGUCCAUUUCAGAUAACUUUGGCGCUAACGUAUUUGUUUAUCACACUAGGGUACUCUGCUGCUCCAGGAGUAAUAAUUAUGGUGAUAUUUCUACCCACUAAUAUAAUAGGAUCUAUUAUCGUUAAAAAAUGGCAGGUCGAACAAAUGAAGCUAAAAGAUGAAAGGACCAAGAUGGUUAAUGAAGUCCUCAACGGAAUUAAGGUGAUAAAAUUGUAUGCAUGGGAAAUUCCGAUGGAAGAGCUGAUUGAUCGAAUACGUCGAAAAGAACUUGUUAUCCUAAGGAAAUCAUACCUCGUCAGAAACGUCAUCGACUCUUUCAACACUUCCAGUCCGUUUAUGGUGGCGCUGUUCUCAUUUGCUACAUACGUGUUAUCGUCGCCAUCUCAUGAACUAACUCCACAGGUUGCGUUCGUUUCUCUUACUUUGUUCAAUCAACUUCGUUCGCCUAUGACGAUGAUCGCACUCCUUAUUGGCCAGUUCGUGCAAGCAGUCGUUUCCAACAAACGUUUGAAGGGAUAUUUUGUUGCAGACGAACUUGAUCCCAGCGUUGUGGAGAGAGCCGACAAAUGUGGCGACGCAGAAAAUGUCGUCGAAUUUGAAAACUUCUCUGCGAAUUGGGAGAAUGGUGACUCUCGCACUAAUACGCUUAAGGAUAUAGACUUCAACGCGUCUCGAGGAUCCUUCAUUGCCGUUGUUGGAAAAGUUGGAUCCGGGAAGUCGAGCUUGUUAUCAGCUCUUUUAGGUGAAAUGGGAAAACUGCGUGGUUAUGUUGGAAUGCGCGGCAAGGUAGCAUACGUUCCUCAGCUGCCGUGGAUUCAGAAUAUGACCUUACGUGACAAUAUACUGUUUGGAAAACCUUUGAACAGGAGCAGAUAUAAUCAGGUGCUUGCUGCUUGUGCUCUUAAACCUGAUUUGAGAAUGCUCACCAAUGGAGAUUUAACGGAAAUUGGCGAGAAGGGAAUUAACCUCUCCGGUGGUCAGAAGGCCCGCAUCUCUUUGGCGAGGGCUGUUUACCAAGAUUUGGACGUGUAUCUGCUAGAUGAUCCGCUCUCCGCUGUAGACGCACAUGUUGGGAGGCACAUAUAUGAGAACGUUCUUGGUUCUAACGGUCUCCUCCGCGAUAAAACAAGGAUCCUCGUCACACACAGGCUGUCCUACGUAAAGUCAGCUGAGGAGAUAAUCGUCUUGGGAGAUGGUCACAUUAUUGAGAUAGGCCGUUAUAACGACUUAAUAAAGCAGCACGGUGUGUUCGCAAAAUUCGUCGAUGAAUAUUCUUCAAAAUCAGAAGGCGAUGAAGAGAAAGAAGGUAGUGACAUGGAGAAGUUCUCUGGCUCUGGCAAGACUGAUGAAGAUCUGGACGAAUCUAAUCUAUCAGACCUCUCAAAGAGCGGAAUCAGAACAAGUACGAAAUCCUUGUUGUCUUCGCAUAUACAGAAGGAAGAUGAUGGUAAACUCAUUAAAAAGGAGUCAGUCGAGACUGGGAAUGUGAAACUGUCAGUGUAUCAUUUGUAUGUCAAAGCGGCUUCUUAUUGGAAGAGCUUCCUAUUUCUUUUCUUCCUAUCUGCUUACCAAAUAUUCCAAAUUUCGCGUAAUUUUUGGCUUUCGGCAUGGUCUGAUGAAAAUGAUGGCUACCACCCGAACAAGACAUCGACUGCCGUACGCUUAGGAGUGUAUGGCGGGUUGGGAGUGAUUGAAUCCAUUAGUUUCCUGUUAUCGCUUGUAAGCCUUUGCUUUGCUGGCCUUCACGCAUCCCACAGCCUUCAUGCCCCACUACUUCAUAAUCUGCUGCGCUCACCGAUGUCUUUCUUCGAUACGACACCAUUAGGAAGAAUUCUCAACCGAUGUGCCAAGGACAUAGAAGUUGUGGAUAUGAUGCUUCCGAUGAACUUUCGCUACCUUGGGAUGUGCAUCUUGCAAGUCCUCUGCACGUUGAUCGUGAUUGUUAUAUCAACGCCUAUUUUCGUGGUUGUAAUUGUACCCUUAGGAGUCAUUUAUUACUUUUUCCUGCGAUUUUAUGUUCCGACGUCUCGUCAACUCAAACGCCUUGAAAGCACCCACAGAUCUCCGAUAUAUUCUCACUUCUCUGAAACUAUUCAGGGAGCAGCUUCCAUCCGUGCAUUCAAUAAAGUAGAGGACUUCCGCAAAUCUUCUGGAAAUAUUGUGGAUGCGUUUAUAAGGUGCAAAAACUCCAAUAUUGUUUCUAAUCGUUGGCUGGCUAUACGACUAGAAUUUAUUGGCAACCUUGUGAUCUUCUUUGCUGCUCUGUUCGCGACGAUUUCAAAAGAACUUGGUUGGGUCACUAGUCCUGGUAUAAUAGGCGUAUCGAUCUCUUAUGCACUCAGUGUUACCGAAGUUCUAAACUUUGCUGUACGACAAAUCAGUGAAAUUGAGGCUAACAUCGUUGCUGUGGAAAGAAUAGACGAAUACACAACUUCGCCUACUGAGGCACCAUGGGAAAUCAUAGAAGAAAAGCCACCAUCUGACUGGCCCUCGCAUGGUAAUGUCAGAUUUGUGGACUACUCCACCAGAUAUCGAGAAGGUCUUGAUCUUGUUUUGAAAAGAAUUUCUGCUGAUGUAAAUGAGGGAGAAAAAAUAGGAAUUGUAGGACGGACAGGGGCAGGAAAGAGCUCAUUUGCUCUUGGGCUAUUUCGGAUGAUUGAACCUGCUUCGGGGAAAAUCCUUAUUGAUGAUGUCGAUAUUGUCAAGAUAGGACUGCAUGACCUAAGAGGAAACCUCACAAUCAUUCCUCAGGAUCCUGUGUUGUUCUCGGGAACUCUCCGCUUCAAUUUGGAUCCUUUUGGAAGGAGUACUGACGCAGAGAUCUGGAACGCUCUGGAACUGGCGAAUAUCAAAGUUUGUGUUUCUGAUUUUCCUGAUGGACUGAAUCAUCCUAUCAGCGAAGGUGGAGAAAAUAUCAGCGUCGGACAACGUCAACUUUUAUGCCUCGCACGUGCAGUGUUGCGGAACGCGCGUGUUUUAGUACUUGAUGAGGCGACAGCUGCUAUUGACGUCACCACCGACGCAGUUAUUCAGGCAACAAUUCGUGAACAGUUUGCCAAGUGCACGGUGUUCACCAUUGCGCACCGUCUAAAUACCAUUAUGGACUACGAUAGGAUCAUGGUGUUAGAGAACGGUGGAAUCGUCGAGUUUGAUUCCCCUUCGAAGUUACUAGAAAAUCCAAAUUCAGCCUUUGCCAAAAUGGUGCAAGACUCAGAGUCCGAGUCACGAAAGGCACAAUAA